GUCACUAAGAGCACCAUGGAACACCUUAGCAUGCCUUAGCGUCACCACGCGAGACUCUCGAACCGAAGCGUGCUCGCAAAAUGGAGGACCCCUCGUCGUCAGCAGCGACGGGGUCUCCACGAGCGCGGCAAGGCGAUCAUGAUGGCGCCGACACUAGCGAAGACGUUGACCGCGGAGUGCUGUGCGACGAAGUCUGCGACGAGGAAGAACUCUGCUCCAAGGCGGCUACGGACUUCCUCUCCCUGCGGUCCACGAGCGGCGAUCCGUUCCAAGAUGGCGAAGAGCCCUUGGACGAUGCUGUAUACGACCGGAACGGCGAGUUUUUGCUUUUCAAGAAGCCGGACGAGUGGACGCGCGGCGACGCGCUCGCGAACCUUGUGUUUGAGCUGCGGGCAGACGACGAAUUGUUCGGGGGAACCGAGCGGCUGCUCUGCGUCCGCGAUCUCUUCGAGUCGGGCAAGGAAGGCGCUGUCAAGGACCAAGAGGCCGCCGAUGCAAGGAGCGUGGAUGCCGAGCCCUCCGACGAGCCACACGUGACCGCGGUGACGCCGACGUUCAUUUCAGGUGCCCUUGUGUCAACGGUGCCAAGUCUUGAGAACCCGACCCCCAGUGCACCCCGGCGGCGCUUUCCUUGCACCCUCGAAGGGUGCGACCGGGUCUUUGAGCGGGGGCGUCAGCUGCGUGUCCACCUCCUCAGCCACGCUGCCUGCCGGCCCUUCAAGUGUUCCGUAGAUGGCUGUGACUGGGCCUUUGCGACAGAGUACAAGCUCAAGCGCCACCUGGACACUCACGAAGGCAAAAAGGAUUUCAUGUGCGAUGUGGUAGGCUGCGGGCAACACUUCACGACGGUGUACAACCUGCGAGCGCACAUGAAGCUGCAUGGCCGGCCAACGUUUGGGUGCCUGUCACCCGGCUGCUCACAAGUGUUUGGCACCCGACGCAAAAUGGAGCUGCACCUGCGAGAGCACCAGGAGUUGGAUGCACCCUAUAGGUGUCCAGAAGCAGGCUGUGGCAAGGCGUACUACUCGUCAAACACGCUGGCCUCGCACCUGCGUGUUCACCAGCACCGACCCGAGGAGCUGUGUUGCCCGUUCCCCGAGUGUGGACGUGCGUUUGGACGCGCCUGCAAGUUGCGGUUGCACUUGCGACAGCACACUGGCGAGCGGCCCUAUGCAUGCCCUGCAUGCGCCUGGACCUUUGCCAGUGCCAGCAAGCUGACGCGACACAUGCGUAAGCACACUGGGGACCGGCGUUACGUGUGCCCCGAGCCCGGCUGCGGCAAGGCCUUCAUGCGGCCUGAGCACCUGCGUGGUCACUCGGUUGUCCACUCGGGAGGCCGCCCCUUUCCCUGCACACACCCAGGGUGUUCGUCACGAUUUGCGGCCAAGUCGAGCCUCUAUGUGCACCUGAAAAAGCAUGCACAGGGCAGAGCUGCUGAUCCACCACUGCAGCAGCCAAAGCAGCAGCGGUUGGUGUACGGCUGCCCCGUGGGGAGCUGCUCCCGCCGGUUCUCAUCUCGCACAACUUUGCGGCAGCACAUUGAGUGCUCCCACUCACUGCUUGUCCUUGCAGAUGGGUCCUCUCAGGAGGGCGAGGAUGAUGACGAGGAGACAGCCAUGGCAGCAGUGUCCAGCCCGAGUCAGCCCUCGAGCCCUGACCUGGCCCCACGGCUGGUGCAGGAGAACCAGAGUGGCUCGGCACGCACUGACUUCGCCAGCCACCAUCAUCGCCGGUCAUCCCACCGCAACAAUCUCUUGCCUGGUGCUGUUGAUGUGGUCCUGACAUCUUCGGCUGCCGUUCUUUUGCAGCAGGAUGAGAACCCUGGCGAUUUGUACUCUGAACUGUCCGUGCUAGCCGAACACACCGCCACUUCAGACAUAGGAGCUACUAUCCGGCUGCAGGACUUGGACUGAAACUUUGCUCAAGGCUGUCCCUUUCUUUGCAGAUUUAAUAAAGGCCUUGGCCUGACGACAAAGUGGCCUUUGUUGGUUCUCUUUCCCAGUGGCCUGCUUCAUCAAGCUCAGAACUGAAAUGCAGAAAAUAUUUCUCGGACUUGUGUGUUUGAAGUUGUCCACACAUUUUUGUUAAAUAAUGAUCAUUGUGAGAAAUAAACUUCGUUGCUGCUCCUGUCUCA